AUGGGUCUCCCGCUUGAGCAGUGGCGCGGCAGCGAGGCGGACGGCGGCGGCGAGAAGGAGGCGUCGGCCGCCGGGUGCAGGACGCCGAGCAGCUCCAAGGCCCGCGCGGCCGGGGACUGCCCCGAGGCGCCCAGGAAGAGGAAGGCCGCUCCCGGAGCCGUCUCGCAGCAGCGCAACAGGGAGUACUACGACGGUGACGACGUCGAGGCCUUCUUCGCCGCGAACAACCUCUAG